AUGGCUGCGGUGGCGCCGCUGUGGCGCGGGGCACGGGCGGCGGCGGCCGAGGGCGACGCUGCUGCGCUCGCCGAUGCCCUUGACGCCGCGCAGCGACGCGAGGAAGCGCUAGCGGUGAGAGUGGCCGAGCUGGAGGCGGCGCCGGCAGGCGCGGUGGUCCGAGCCCAGCUGGCGGUGCUGGAGGAGCGGGCUGGCGGGUAUGCCGCAGACACCGAUGCCAUGCUCCGCGGGGCGGGCGCCUUGCACGCCCAGCUGGCUGCCGCAGACGCCGCUGUCGUCGCCCUGCGGGCAGAGGUGGUCGCCGCCUCGCAGCUACGCGCUGCCGCCCAGAUCCGCGCUGCAGAGGCCGAGGCCGAGGCUGCUGAUCUUGCUGCCGCCCGCGACAGCCUCGCCAGCCAGCACCAGCGGGUCCUCCUCGUCCUGGCCCACGCCAUCGGCAUCGAGCGCGAGCUCCUCGCCGACGAGGCCCGCCUCGAGACCGAGCUGGACAACGCAGAUGCUAUUGCCGCCGCCCUUGUCAAAGCCCGCCACGGCUUGCUCGACGACGUGGCGAGCCUCCGGUCCGCGCGCGAUGCCGCCGUGGCCAAGGCAGCCGCCGUCAUCGAGACCAACGCCCGGCUCCGGUCCGAGCGAGAUGACGCCGUUGCCACCGCCGCCGCCGCAGACGACGCCCGUGAGGUUGCCGAGGCUGCAGGCGCCGCCGCAGCCUCGGCACUCCUCGCUGCCAAUCAGAAGCUGGCCGCCAAGCGGACUCUCAUUGCAGGGCUCAAGGACCGGCUCAACGAUGUCCGCAGCCAGCUUGACACUGCGCGGUCGAUGCUCCGCUCACUCGACGCAUCCCAAGGCGGGCUCGAGGCCGAGGUGGUCCUCCUCCGCGAAGAGUGCGCCCAGCUGCGGGCCGAAAACGAGGCGCUGUCCACGACGCUGGCGUCAGCGUCGGCCGAGGGCGCUGCCGCCGCUGACGACGCUGCCGCACUCCGUGACAUCAACGACAAGCUCGAACGCGCAUUGAUAGUCGAGCGCGAGACGCGCAGUACCGCGGUUGCUGCGUCGGCGCAGGCCGCCGCCGACGCCGCUGCCGCUGCCACCGCCGUCAGCAAGCUCGAGGCCACGGUAGCCGAGCGAGACGCCGAGGUCGAGUCGCUUCUGCACACCUCGCGCUCGCUGGAGGACGGACUCACAUACCAGCACUUUCGCAGGCUCAAGGACGCGCUCAAGGUCUCGCACAAGGCCCGCGACGAACUGCAGGCCAAGCUCGACGCCGCACAAGCCGCUGCCGCCGCUGUCGAGGCCGCCCGGGCAAGCGACCAGUCCGAGAUCUCGCGGCUUAUGGAUAAGAACGCAACAGCCAACGCCCGCGCCUCCUCGCUCGCCAAGCAGAUGGAGGCUCUGCGGGCCGAAGCUGCCGGUGGCGUCUCGGCUGCGGAGCAUGCGGCGCUGAAGGCGCGGCUCCAAGCCGAGUGCGAGGCCCGACUGCGCGUCGAGGCGCAGCUCGAUGCCCAACCAAACUCGCCACUCGCCACAUCUCGUCUGCAAGAGAACAAAGGCCGAGCAUCUUAG